AUGACUAAUGUUAGUCACUUGUCAAUGCAUGGAACGUCCGAGAAUACGGUCUCAACCCCUCCACCUACUGUCUCUAAUGAAAUGCCACCUCCUCACACUAAGAAGCGAAAGAACCGUUCAGAGGCUUGGAAUCAUUUCAUUAUAUCUUCAGAAGAAGAACAAAAAGCUUCGUGCAAGUACUGUGACACAAAAAUUAAGUAUAAUAAUGGAACUAGUUCUAUGCAUGCUCAUUUAUCAAGAUGCCUUGUUUACAAGAGACAAAGGACAUCAUCUUCUAUGACAAGUGUUGAAGAACAUAUUGACUCUCCUUUAAUUUUCAAGUUUGACCAAGAAGUUAUUCGAAGAGCAAUGGUUAAGAUGUUCAUUAACAUGGAGAUUCCUUUUCGGAAGGUUGAGCAUGAGUAUUUUCAUGAAUUUAUGAGUCUCGCUUCACCAAGAUUUCAGAUUUGUUCACGCACAACAUUGGCACGUGAUGUCUUGAAACUAUGGAACACAGAAAAAAUGAUUUUGAAAAACUUUCUCUCUCUGAAUUGUCAAAGAGUUUGUCUCACCACUGAUAUGUGGACUUCUUAUCAAAAGUUGAGCUAUAUGUGUGUGACGGCCCAUUUCAUUGACAAUAAUUGGAACUUACAGAAGAAGAUCUUAAUUUUGUGUCAAGUCACAAGUCAUACAGGGGAUGCUAUUUGUGAAACAAUAGAGAUAUGUUUGAACAAUUGGGGUUUAAACUGUGUGCUUAGUUUGACGGUUGAUAAUGCUUCAUCUAAUUAUGUUGGGGUUGAACGUCUCAAGAGAAGGAUUUUGUCUAAGAAUAGUUUAGUUAUGAGUGGAAACCAUUUUCAUAUGAGGUGUUGCGCACACAUAUUGAAUUUAAUUGUGAAAGAAGGUUUAAAAGACAUUGAUGAUUCUUUUUAUAGAGUUCGUCAUGCUGUUUGGUAUGCUAGAUCUUCUCCCGCGAGGCUCGCUAAAUUCAAGGCAUGUAUUGAUGAGGAGAGCAUGGACUAUAAAGGUUUAGUUUCUCUAGAUGUUGAGACUCUUUGGAAUUUAACUUACCUGAUGUUAAUAUCUGCAUCAAAACAUGAAAGAACCUUUGAAGAAUUAGGUUUUCAAAAUAAAAGGUAUGUGAAUUAA